AGCUGAUAUUUCCCCAUGUCUUCUAGUAAUUGCUAUUCAACUCUUUAUCCUUUUCCUAUUGACCUCAACGUAGACGUAUAUAAUGUUCAGCAGCAGUUCCGUGAUCUAGAAGAGGAAAAAGUAUAUGUUCCGGAAGAUGGACCAUUGAAGACUGAUUGUGAGCUCAAGUUAUCAAUAUGGAAAGAAGAAGAAGAAAAGGUUGGAACUCAUCAAAGUAAUGAGAAUUUUUGUUCUGCGAACUGGAUGCCUUCGAAGGUGAGGAUCUUAAGGAAGAUGAUGAACUCGGAUCAUGUCGAUAUAUCGAAUAAUUCUGAGCUGAAAUCCAAAGAUCAACACAAGCAGCAGCAGUCAUCAUCGUGUACGGAUCACAGCGGCAACUCAUAUAACAGCAGCAGCAGCAGCAGCACAAUUAGGGUUUGUGCUGAUUGUAACACAACCAAGACUCCUCUUUGGAGGAGUGGACCUGGAGGCCCCAAGUCGCUUUGCAACGCCUGUGGAAUUAGACAAAGAAAAGCGAGAAGAGACAUGGCUGCUGCUGCUGCAGCAGCGACAACUGGCAGCACUGCUGUUGCUGCUGAGACAACGACAACGGCAUGUAUGAAGAGUAAGGUUCAACAUAAGGCAAAGAGAUCAAGCGACGAUUGUGUUCCACAUUUCAAGGAUAAAAAGUGCAAACUUAAUCCUCAAUCCCAAAGCAGAAACAAACUGUGUUUCGAGGAUUUAAGGAUAAUCUUGAGCAAGAAUUCAGCUUUUCAUCGAGUUUUUCCUCAGGACGAGAAAGAAGCCGCGAUCCUGCUGAUGGCCUUAUCGUAUGGACUUGUUCACGGCUGAAAAUUCUCUCCACCAGCUAUUGUUAUAUAUAUUGUUGUUCUCUUAGGUUUUAAUAAUGUUGGAGUGUACUAUGUAGUAGCUAGCUAGAUCAUAAAUGUCUGAACUGUAAGAGUGAGUGAGAAAAUUAAGGUGUGAGGAAAACAUAAUUAAUUAAAUAAACAAAAGAGAUUUC